GGCGUUCCUUUGGGGCGGGGGCUGAAGGCAGGGAUCCUCUGCUUCCCAAAGAAAGCCAUGGAGCGGGCCGGGAGCGAAGAAGAGCCCGAUGGGCCCCAGGCAGUGCCUCCGGGGGCGCGCCUCCUCCUCUCCGCCAAGGGAUUUCUAGGCUCCCACAAAGGACGGCUCCUUCUGGCCCAAGCGGUGCUGUCCUUCAUCAUCUUCAUCUGCUAUAUUGCCUCCGACGCCGCAUCUUUCUUGACGGUCCCCUUGUUGACCUUUGUGUUGGCCCUCUGCUUUUUCUUUGCCUAUUCCUUGAGGCUUAACGACAAGUUCAAAGCAGUCUAUUGGGUUUUGGCGGAUUUCUUAUGCGGUAUCAUCGCUGCAAUUAUCUAUUUUGCCAUAUCCAUUGCUGCAGUCUCAAAAUAUUCCGACACGGCAUCCAAAGCUGCAGGAGUGUUUGGCUUCAUUGCCACAGUCGUCUACUGCGUGUACGUUUACCUCACCUUCAAUGAUCUGAUGGCAUAUCUCAAACAAGGUGAUUCCUCAGAUGCCCCUGAGCCACGUAAAUCCGAAGAUGAUGAUUCAGAUGACGAUUCAGACUGAAGUAUGAUGGGUUGCCAAGCUGUCCCAGAGAGAACCAAAGAGACACGUCCUUCCGUUUCAGUGUUUGAGGCCAUUUUGCUAAUACCUCUCUCACCAAGCCACUGCCAAUGAUAUCUCAGCCUCUGAGGUGCUUUGACCUUUGCUUAUGUGAGCCUCUAUUUGCUCCUCAAUCUACCAGCACACUUUGAAACUGCAAAUUUUGCAAGUAGAUUCGUAUUGUAUGUUGUGCCUGACCUAUAACUGUAUCAGGGAUAGUGAAUCGUUAUGGGCCAGGGACCACUUACUCGCAGCAGGCAAAACACACUAUUUUGGCUUGGAUAUCUUGACGGAUCUGGUCGAACAGGCCCAUCAACCCUGUAAGUCAGGCCUGGGCAAACUUGGGCCCUCCAGGUGUUUUGGACUUCAACUCCCACAAUUCCUAACAGCCUCGGGCCCCUUCCUUUCCCCCCUCAGCUGCUUAAGUCCAAAACACCUAGAGCAGUGGUU